AUGUCUGUUGCAAAGCAUUUAAGGAAAUUAUGGUCAGCAGCAUUCCGUGCCAUGGAUGACAUAAAAGAGACUGUUCGAAACUCUGGGGAUAAGUUAUGUCGUGCUUUAACUUCAUUGACAGUGAGGCUUUCUGAUGUCUCCCUAACUGGUGUAUCAGAGGCACGCCAAACAAUGGAUAUUGUUCUGCCAUUUUUGCUUACAGAAGGAAUACUAAGUAAAGUUGACAGUAUCCGGAAAGCAUCUAUUGGAAUUGUUAUGAAGCUUGCAAAGGGUGCAGGGAUUGCAAUCCGUCCCACAUUAUCUGAUUUAGUUUGCUGCAUGCUGGAAAGUUUAUCAAGCCUUGAGGACCAAGGGCUUAACUAUGUUGAGUUGCAUGCAGCAAAUGUUGGAAUACAGACAGAGAAGCUUGAAAACUUGAGAAUUUCAAUUGCAAAAGGCUCUCCCAUGUGGGAAACUCUUGAUCUAUGCAUAAAAGUUGUGGAUUCAGAAGCAUUAGAUCAAUUGGUUCCUCGUCUGCUCAGUUGGUUCGAUCUGGAGUUGGCCUCAAUACAAGGUUUGGGUUGGUAUUGCCAGCUUUAUUACAUUACUAGUUCAAAAGUUGGUGUUGAAAUCAAACCAUAUACAAGCAGGCUACUGAGGCUAUUGUUUCCGGUUGUCAAGGACGAAAAAAGUGCUGCAUCAAAACGUGCCUUCGCCAGUGCUUGUGCAAUUGUUUUAAAGCAUGCAGCACCUACGCAGGCUGAAAUGUUGAUCGACGACAGUGCAGCUUUGCAUAAUGGCGAUAAAAAUGCUCAAGUUUCAUGUGCAAUUUUAUUAAAAAGCUAUUCAUCCAUGGCCUCAGAUGUUGUGAGUGGAUAUCUUGCAGCAAUUAUUCCAGUUAUUUUUAUCUCAAGAUUCGAGGAUGACAAGUUUGUUUCUGGCCUGUUUGAAGAGUUGUGGGAAGAGCAUACAAGUAGUGAAAGGGUAGCCCUCCAGUUGUACUUGGAAGAAAUUGUUUCGUUGAUUUGUGAAGGCAUUGGAUCAUCAUCGUGGGCAAGUAAAAGAAGUGUGUCAAUUCUCAACUUACAGUCAGCCCAGGCAAUCUCCAAGCUCAGUGAGGUUUUAGGGAAGGAUGCUCUAUUAUAUGCAAUAGCUGCUCUUUCUGUGUCUUGCAAUAAAGCAAUUUCAAGUGAUGAUCCUGCCACUAUGAAUGAAAUUUUGAGCGUAGUAUCUUCUGCAUGCACAAAAAAAGCAAAGAAAUACCGUGAAGCAGCUCUCUCUUGUCUUGAACAGGUUGUAAAAGCCUUUGGUAAUCAAGAGUUCUUUAAUGUGGUUUUUCCGUUAUUAUAUGAGAUGUUCACUUCUGGCACUCUCAGUCAGUCUGGGAAAGCAACUUUGGUUGUUGAUGCUGCUAAAGCAGAAGAAGAUCAAGUUGAAAAGUUUUCUGUUCCGCACAACAAAGUUUUGGACUGCAUGACAGCCUGCAUCCACGUGGCACAUAUAAAUGAUAUUCUUGGGCAACAGAAGAACUUAAUGCAUGUGUUAAUUGCCACCAUGUCAUCUGGACUUCCGUGGACAGUCAAAAUAUCUGCACUUUCAUCAGCAAAGGAACUUUGUUCAAGGCUUCAGAAAGUUCUGGAUGACUCUCAAGAAUCUCCCGCAAAUGCCAACAUAAUUUCUUUAGUUCAGGAGUUGUUUCUCUCAAUGCCACCUCAAAUAGUUGAAUGCAUAAGCACAGUUAAGGUUGCCCAGGUUCACGUCACUGCUUCAGAGUCCCUUCUUGUGAUCAUCAAGUUGUACCAAAAGCUCCAACCAAUACGUUGUAUAGAUGUACAAUUUAAGGAUGAGCUUGUUCAUCUGUACGAGGUAGAGAAGAACGGUGAAGCGAAGUCCUUGUUGAAAAAAUGUAUUGACACGCUUGAAAACCUAAAACAAGAGAGUGUUCAAGAUGACUCAAUGUGUAUGUCAUAA